GUUGACAUUAUUCCACUAUCUGCAAUGUGGGGUGUCUAAAAAAUAGCGUGAGAUUCAUAUUUUUAUUUUUGUCAUGGAUUUUUGCGCCCAUUCCCCUCCUAUUCUCAUAGUUUAUAUUCAAUUUCAUGACUUUGUUGUCUUAAAAGAAGCCAAUUAGGUAAAAAUAUUAUUAAUUUAGGUUUAUUUACGGGACAGAGUACAGCAUGAGUUUAAAAUAACAGCAAAACAGUAUUUAAAGGGUCAUUUUAAUCCGGUUUUUCUUGAAUUUCACUUAACACUUUCCCUUUUUAAUUCUACAACAAAUACAAUGUUAGAAAACUUAACUUCUAAAAAACAACUCAAGACUGCUCUUGAUGAAGAGGAGAACAUGGUGGUGGUUGAUUUCUUUGACCAAUGUGGUCAUUGUAAAAAGAUGAACACGAUCUUAGACGAAUACCUGCAAACAUACGAAGACAAACACAUCAAGUUUUUCAAAGUAGAUAUAAAUGAAGACGUUGAAUUGGCCACUGACUAUUCCAUUACUUCCAUCCCUACUACGUUAUUCUUUAAAGACGGUACGAUUGUAAAGAAAGUUGUUGGUGCCAAACCUGACAAGGUGAGACAAAUACUUGAAAGCGACUGAAGUUCAGCCGAAUCCACAUGCCAACCCGGACCCGAACACGAACUAGCAUCAAUGAUUACGACUUUUACGCAUAUGUAAUGAUAUACUCUAUAUGUUUUUUUUUAGGCAAUACAAUUUAUCCUCAUUCUGAUUCACUCUCCCUCCCCCCGGAUGGAGAUGACGCAAGAUGAGCC